UGGAGGUUGGCGGGGGCGGGGUCCGGGUGGUGGAACUUCGGGUUUCCUAGUGGGAACUGGUAGACUUCUGGUUUCAUGGAUAUGCUCGCUUCGAGAAAUUUCGAGAGCAGUAUGAGGGAGAAAUGGCUUCUAUCUGUUUGAUAUUAGGGGAUAUUUAGGGGUUUAACGGGAGCGAGAGCGCCAGAAGGGAAGCGGCGGCAUUGUUGUGGAGAAGGUAGAAGAGGGGAGCUGAUCAUCUGCCAGGAAUAUUGCCAUCUACGAGAAGAGAUCAAGCCGGAAUUCGGAUACAUGGGAGAGGCAGCGCAGAUUUGGUUGCCGCACCCUCGCAGUGAUGAGAAUGAGCUGCGGGACCAAGAGUUGGUCGUGAAUGCCUCCGUAAUAGAAAGAUCGCCUAAACCGAAUAUUAUUAGGCGGGCAAUAAGUGGGCCAGAUGCGAGAAUGGCACCUUGGGAAGAAAGUGCAGUAAGUAGAGCAUUGCGAGGAGCACAAGGGAGGAGUAAUAAACCUGUCUUUGAGCCUGUCCUAGGUGCUUCUUUCAACAGCUGUGAGGAGGCAAAGGACUUCUACAACUUGUAUUCAUGGGAGAUUGGUUUUGGGAUUCGGUAUGGAAGAAGCAGGAAAAAUUCAAACAACUAUCGGACGAGGCAAGAUCUGGUUUGCUCAUGCCAUGGCCAAAGCGCAGCAGGAAGCAGGAAAACAUGUCGCAGAGGCUGCCCAGCUAUGAUAAGGUUGUUGCGGACUCAAGAUCAUGGUUGGUAUAUCAGCAGAUUUGUGCAGGAACAUAACCAUGACUUGUCAGAGAGUUACGCUGAGAAUAAGCAGUGGAAUUCUCACAGCCAAAUAGAUGCAUUAACAAAGGAUUUUAUAAGGAGACUAAGGAAUAACAAUGUGAGCAUUGGACGUGUGUGCUCUAUUCUUGGAGUGGGUGGGAGUGGUGAACCUGCAGCGUUAAGAAAAGAGACAGUAAGAAAUGUUUGUACCAAGUUGUCACAGGAAAAUAUGAGAAAUGAUUUGGGUAAGACACUUGACUUACUACAGCAGAUGAAGGAUGCAGAUCCUGAAAUGUCAGUAAAAUUCAGAGUUGAUGCAGAAGGGAGGCUACAGUCCAUGUUGUGGUGCAUGGGAAAAAAUAAGAGUGACUAUGAACAGUUCGGGGAUGCUAUAACUUUUGACACCACUUACAUGACAAACCUUUACAAACUGCCUUUUGGUCUGUUUGUAGGAGUUAACAAUCAUUUCCAAUCUGUGAUAUUUGGAGGUGUGCUGUUGACUACAGAAAGUGCAUCGGAUUUUGAGUGGGCUUUCAGCACAUUUGUGAGCAUUAUGGGAGGCAAAUAUCCUAGAACAAUAUUAACAGAUCAGUCUGCAGCUAUGGCCAGAGCUAUACGGACAACCUUGAAGCACACACGACAUCGGUGGUGUAGAUGGCACGUGUUAAAAAAAGCAAAGCAAAAGCUAGGAAAUGCGUACUCGAAGUACAGUGGUUUCAAGAAAGAAUUCAACAAGCUGAUCACAGACGAGACAUGUAAAGAUGAUUUUGAAUUGAAGUGGGUGAGCUUAACAAGGAAAUAUAAUCUACGGGACAACGAGUUCAUGAAGAGAUUGUUCUACUACAGAAGGAUGUGGGCAAAGCCGUACUUCAUGGAUGUGUUUUGUGCUGGAAUGACUAGUACGCAACGAAGUGAAAGUGCUAAUCACAUGUUGAAACAAGUUAUACAACGUGAAGCUCCAAUGCACCAGUUUGUUGCUAAGUUCAAUGAAUUGCUAACAACAAGAACUGAUGAUGAAGGCAAGCAGAUACACAGAACAAAACAGAUAACCAAUAAGUUGCGGUUGGGGGUCCCUAUUGAAAGACAUGCACAGGAGAUAUACACUCGGGCUAUAUAUGAGAGGUUUUGUUAUGUAUUGUACAAAUCCAUGGACUGUGUAAUCUUGAGUCGUACCAAUGGGAAUAGGUUUGUUGUGAUGCACUCAAAGGAUAUAAAUAAAGAUGAGAGGAAGGAAUAUGUAGUUUAUUUUGAUGUUGGCAGCAUAAUAAAUUGUAGUUGCGGACUUUUUGAGCACAUGGGUAUGGUAUGCCGUCACUCCCUUAAGGUUCUUGUUUCUCUAGACCAGUAUGAGAUUCCGCCAGGCAACAUUAUGCAUAGAUGGACAAAGGCUGCAUCGAGGGACUUUGCAAGGAAUGAAUUGAGGAAGAAGGCAGGCCCGAUGUUUGAUGAGACCGAUAAAAUGAGGAAGAAGUUGCUGCUCGAAACAGUAUUUCAGUUGGCAAAUAGCACAGUAUCUCUCCCAGAUGAUGUCUUCUUAGGAGCAAUGAGAGCUUUAGGCCAUGGGUCUGCAGCGAAGGAAACGAUGGAACGAAAGCUAAGUGGUGAUCGGUAUAGCACAGUAAGAGAAAAUAAUAAUACACUACCAUCUAUGCUUCCGGCUCGUAUUUCUAAGGGUGGGAGACCAGCUAAUACAUGUAUGAAUUCAUACCUUGCUGAAAGCAGUAGAUAUGGAGUAAAAAAAGCCAAGAAGAGGGGAAUCGUAGAUCCAUUGGAUGAAGAAGGACCAAUUUCAAAGUUUCCUAAGAUGCACUGAAAAUGGAAUGUUUUCUCCCCCCCCAGACACACACCCCCCACGUGUGUCGUGCUUCAACUAGAUAUAUGACUUAUUGUAUUAUUAAGUGGAUUGGAUUAUGGAAGCGGUACUGCAGAACUAUGGUUGAGACUUUUCAUUAAUGCGUGUCAGUGAUUUGUGUUUUCAGAUUUAUAA